AUGGCGUGUGACUGCUUGCCCCGGAUUCUGCUGCUGCUGCUGCUGCUCUGGGCACUGGGCCGCCUGGCCGUCCUCUCGAUGCACAUGGAGCCGGGGGGCCCCGGCCUGGAGCCGUCCGGAGACGAUGGACUUCUGCCGCCAGGCAGUGGGCGCGUGAAGCGUGGAUGGGUCUGGAACCAGUUCUUUGUGGUGGAGGAGUACACGGGCACGGAACCACUGUACGUUGGGAAGAUCCACUCGGACUCCGACGAAGGGGACGGCUCCAUCAAGUACACCAUCUCCGGGGAAGGGGCCGGCACCAUUUUCCUGAUCGACGAGCUGACGGGGGACAUUCAUGCCACGGAGCGCCUGGACCGGGAGCAGAAGACCUUCUACACGCUCCGGGCCCAGGCGCGGGACCGCCAGACCAACCAGCUGCUGGAGCCCGAGUCGGAGUUCGUCAUCAAGGUCCAGGACGUCAACGACAGCGAGCCCCGCUUCCUGGGCGGGCCCUACAUUGGGAGCGUGGCCGAACUCUCCCCCAUUGGCACAUCUGUCAUGCAAGUGAUGGCCUCCGACGCGGACGACCCCACCUACGGAAGCAGCGCCCGGGUGGUCUACAGUGUGCUGGAGGGGGAACGGCACUUCACCGUGGACAGCCAGACAGGUGUGAUCCAGACUGCCGUGGCCAACCUGGACCGCGAGACCCAGGACCGGUACGAGGUGGUCAUCCGGGCCACAGACAUGGCGGGGCAACUGGGGGGCCUGUCCGGCUCCACCACCGUGACCAUCGUCAUCACAGACGUGAACGACAACCCUCCCCGCUUCCCGCAGAAGAUGUACCAGUUCAGCAUUGCAGAGACGGCCCCGGUGGGCACCCUGGUGGGCCGGGUGAAGGCGGAGGACUCCGACGUGGGCGAGAACACGGACAUGACCUACCAGGUCAAGGACGAGGCGGGGCUGGGGGCCUUCCGGGUGACCACCGACGGCCACUCCCAGGAAGCCCUCCUCUCCCUGCAGAAGCCCCUGGACUUUGAAGCCCAGCCUGUGCACACGGUGGUGGUGGAGGCCCUGAACAAGUUCACGGACCCCCGCUUUGCAGACCUGGGCACUUUCCGGGACCAGGCCAUCGUGCGGGUGACAGUGCUGAACGUGGACGAGCCGCCGGAGUUCCAGCCCCCCCACGGCCCGAUGGAGGUGCCGGAGGACGCGCUGGUCGGCUCCGUGGUGGGGACGGUCACCGCCCUGGACCCCGAUGCCCCGGACAGCCCCAUCCGGUACGCCAUCGACCAGAGCUCCGACCUGGAGCACAUCUUCGACAUUGACCCUGAGAGGGGCACCAUCGUGACGGGCAAGCUGCUGGACCGAGAGACGGCCGGCUGGCACAACAUCACCGUCUUGGCCAUGGAGGCAGACAACCACGGGAAAGUGUCCAGAAUGUCCCUCCAGAUCCGCAUCCUGGAUGUGAACGACAAUCCGCCUGAGCUGGCCACCCCCUACGAGGCACCCGGAGCGGCGGGAGGGAGGGAGGGGGCGGGCGCUCCGGUGGUCGGAGACUCUUCUGCAUUGCGUGGCUCUGACGGCAGGCCGUGGCGGAUCUCCCCAGACCCUUCCCUGCACGGUCCCUGCCUCGGAUCCCCGUGGCCAGCCCCCUCGGGGGAGGGCUCUCGUCGAGAAAACCGGGAGUCGCUAGAUUGCCCGGGCCUGACCUCGUCAGACCUCGGGAGCCAAGUGGGCCUGGUGGAGCCAAGGUGGGCGCGGUGCCCUCGCGGUGCUUCACCCCGGUUCCCCAUCUCCUUUCUCGUCUCCCCAGACAACACCGCUGCGGUGCGGACCCAGCGCCCGGGCUUCAACCGGCAGGAGCAGGACCUCUUCUUGCUGCCCAUUCUAGUGGUGGACAGCGCCCCCCCGGCCCUGAGCAGCACGGGGACCCUCACCAUCCGCGUCUGCGGCUGCGACAGCUCCGGGGCCAUCCAGUCCUGCAACGCCACGGCCUACGCCCUCUCCGCCUCCCUCAGCCCCGGCGCCCUCAUCGCCUUGCUGGUCUGUGUCCUCAUCCUGGUGGUGCUGGUGCUCCUGAUCCUGACGCUGAAGCGCCACCAGAAGGGCCACCUGGCCUCCGAGGAGGACGAGGACAUGCGGGACAACGUCAUCAAGUACAACGACGAGGGGGGCGGCGAGCAGGACACGGAAGCCUACGACAUGUCGGCCCUGCGCAGCCUCUACGACUUCAGCGAGGCGAAAGGGGGCGGCGGCGGCGGGGAGGGGCCCCCCGGCCUCCCCUCGGAACUGCGCUCCCUGCCCCAGUGGGGCCAGGCCCCCGACCUGGACUUCUCCCUCUUCAGAGACUACAUCAGCCGGAAGGUGGGGCUGGCGGACGAGGACCCCUCCGUGCCCCCCUACGACUCCUUCCAGACCUACGCCUUUGAGGGGGCCGACUCCCCCCUCACCUCCUUCAGCUCCAUCCACUCCCGCUCCACCGGCUCCGAGCAGGACUUCUCCUAUCUCAGCAGCUGGGGGCCCCGAUUCCGCCAGCUGGCCGCGCUGUACGCCGGGCGCCGUGGCGAGGAGGACGCGGCAGAGUCCUAGCCCCCGGCCGGCCGAGAGCCCAGAAGGACCGUGGCCUUGGUGGGGCCACCGCGCGGGCGUGCUGACGGGCAGCUGCGGGGGAGCCGGGCCGGGGCUUGGCACCAGAGCCAACCGAACCAGGCGCAGGAGGCAGAGCCGGUGGGAACCUCCUCCGUGCCCGUCUCCACCAUGAAGCCACCCCGGGCACCACUGUGGGGAAAGGGAGAGAGAGACUCUGGUGCUGGCAAAUCAAAUAACCCUGUCAAUGGAUCUGCCCGAGGAGCGGAAGGGGGCCUGCCUUGCAGGGGGGAGGGGAGGCUUUUGCUUCCGACAUUGAUUCCGUCACUUUU